AUGGGGUGUGGUGGGGCAGGAGGUUGCAGAGACACGUUCGCGGUGGGCAGGGGGUGUGGUGGGGCAGGAGGUCGCAGAGACACGUUCGCUGUGGGCAGGGGGUGUGGUGGGGCAGGAGGUCGCAGAGACACGUUCGCUGUGGGCAGGGGGUGUGGUGGGGCAGGAGGUCGCAGAGACACGUUCGCAGUGGGCAGGGGGUGUGGUGGGGCAGGAGGUCGCAGAGACACGUUCGCUGUGGGCAGGGGGUGUGGUGGGGCAGGAGGUCGCAGAGACACGUUCGCAGUGGGCAGGGGGUGUGGUGGGGCAGGAGGUCGCAGAGACACGUUCGCGGUGGGCAGGGGGUGUGGUGGGGCAGGAGGUCGCAGAGACACGUUCCAUGUGGGCAGGGGGUGUGGUGGGGCAGGAGGUCGCACAGACACGUUCGCGGUGGGCAGGGGGUGUGGUGGGGCAGGAGGUCGCAGAGACACGUUCGCUGUGGGCAGGGGGUGUGGUGGGGCAGGAGGUCGCAGAGACACGUUCGCGGUGGGCAUGGGGUGUGGUGGGGCAGGAGGUUGCAGAGACACGUUCGCGGUGGGCAGGGGGUGUGGUGGGGCAGGAGGUUGCAUAGACACAUUCGCGGUGGGCAGGGGUGUGGUAUGGCAGGAGGUCGCAGACACACGUUCGCUGUGGGCAGGGGAUGUGGUGGGGCAGGAGGUCGCAGAGACACGUUCGCGGUGGGCAUGGGGUGUGGUGGGGCAGGAGGUCGCAGAGACACGUUCGCAGUGGGCAGGGGGUGUGGUGGGGCAGGAGGUCGCAGAGACAAGUUCGCGGUGGGCAGGGGGUGUGGUGGGGCAGGAGGUCGCAGAGACACGUUCGCUGUGGGCAGGGGGUGUGGUGGGGCAGGAGGUCGCAGAGACACGUUCGCGGAAGGCAGGGGGUGUGGUGGGGCAGGAGGUCGCAAAGACACGUUCGCGGUGGGCAGGGGGUGUGGUGGGGCAGGAGGUCGCAGAGACACGUUCGCGGUGGGCAGGGGGUGUGGUGGGGCAGGAGGUCGCAGAGACACGUUCGCUGUGGGCAGGGGGUGUGGUGGGGCAGGAGGUCGCAGAGACACGUUCGCGGUGGGCAUGGCGUGUGGUGGGGCAGGAGGUCGCAGAGACAUUUUCGCGGUGGGCAGGGGGUGUGGUGGGGCAGGAGGUCGCAGAGACACGUUCGCUGUGGGCAGGGGGUGUGGUGGGGCAGGAGGUCGCAGAGACACGUUCGCUGUGGGCAGGGGGUGAGGUGGGGCAGGAGGUCGCAGAGACACGUUCGCGGUGGGCAUGGGGUGUGGUGGGGCAGGAGGUCGCAAAGACACGUUCGCGGUGGGCAGGGGGUGUGGUGGGGCAGGAGGUCGCAGAGACACGUUCGUGGUGGGCAGGGGGUGUGGUGGGGCAGGAGGUCGCAGAGACACGUUCGCUGUGGGCAGGGGGUGUGGUGGGGCAGGAGGUCGCAGAGACACGUUCGCGGUGGGCAUGGCGUGUGGUGGGGCAGGAGGUUGCAGAGAUACGUUCGCAGUGGGCAGGGGGUGUGGUGGGGCAGGAGGUCGCAGAGACACGUUCGCGGUGGGCAGGGGGUGUGGUGGGGCAGGAGGUCGCAGAGACACGUUCGCGGUGGGCAGGGGGUGUGGUGGGGCAGGAGGUCGCAGAGACACGUUCGCGGUGGGUAGGGGGUGUGGUGGGGCAGGAGGUCACAGAGACGCGUUCGCGGUGGGCAGGGGGUGUGGUGGGGCAGGAGGUUGCAGAGACACGUUCGCGGUGGGCAGGGGGUGUGGUAUGGCAGGAGGUCGCAGAGACACGUUCGCGGUGGGCAGGGGGUGUGGUGGGGCAGGAAGUCGCAGAGACACGUUCGCGGUGGGCAGGGGGUGUGGUGGGGCAGGAGGUCGCAGAGACACGUUCGCUGUGGGCAGGGGGUGUGGUGGGGCAGGAGGUCGCAGAGACACGUUCGCGGUGGGCAGGGGGUGUGGUGGGGCAGGAGGUCGCAGAGACACGUUCGCGGUGGGCAGGGGGUGUGGUGGGGCAGGAGGUCGCAGAGACACGUUCGCGGUGGGCAGGGGGUGUGGUGGGGCAGGAGGUCGCAGAGACACGUUCGCGGUGGGCAGGGGGUGUGGUGGGGCAGGAGGUCGCAGAGACACGUUCGCGGUGGGCAGGGGGUGUGGUGGGGCAGGAGGUCGCAGAGACACGUUCGCUGUGGGCAGGGGGUGUGGUGGGGCAGGAGGUCGCAGAGACACGUUCGCGGUGGGCAUGGGGUGGUGGGGCUGGAGGUCGCAGAGAAACGUUCGCGGUGGGCUGGGGGUGUGGUGGGGCAGGAGGUCGCAGAGACACGUUCGCGGUGGGCAGGGGGUGUGGUGGGGCAGGAGGUCACAGAGACACGUUCGCGGUGGGCAGGGGGUGUGGUGGGGCAGGAGGUUGCAGAGACACGUUCGCGGUGGGCAGGGGGUGUGGUAUGGCAGGAGGUCGCAGAGACACGUUCGCGGUGGGCAGGGGGUGUGGUGGGGCAGGUGGUCGCAGAGACACGUUCGCUGUGGGCAGGGGGUGUGGUGGGGCAGGAGGUCGCAGAGACACGUUCGCUGUGGGCAGGGGGUGUGGUGGGGCAGGAGGUCGCAGAGAAACGUUCGCGGUGGGCAUGGGGUGUGGUGGGGCAGGAGGUUGCAGAGACACGUUCGCAGUGGGCAGGGGGUGUGGCGGGUCAGGAGGUCGCAGAGACACGUUCGCGGUGGGCAGGGGGUGUGGUGGGGCAGGAGGUCGCAGAGACACGUUCGCUGUGGGCAGGGGGUGUGGUGGGGCAGGAGGUCGCAGAGACACGUUCGCGGUGGGCAUGGGGUGUGGUUGGGCAGGAGGUCGCAGAGACACGUUCGCGGUGGGCAGGGGGUGUGGUGGGGCAGGAGGUCGCAGAGACACGUUCGCGGUGGGCAGGGGGUGUGGUGGGGCAGGACGUCACAGAUACACGUUCGCGGUGGGCAGGGGGUGUGGUGGGGCACGAGGUUGCAGAGACACGUUCGCGGUGGGCAGGGGGUGUGGUAUGGCAGGAGGUCGCAGAGACACGUUCGCGGUGGGCAGGGGAUGUGGUGGGGCAGGAGGUCGCAGAGACACGUUCGCGGUGGGCAGGGGGUGUGGUGGGGCAGGAGGUCGCAGAGACACGUUCGCUGUGGGCAGGGGGUGUGGUGGGGCAGGAGGUCGCAGAGACACGUUCGCGGAGGGCAGGGGGUGUGGUGGGGCAGGAGGUCGCAGAGACACGUUCGCGGUGGGCAGGGGGUGUGGUGGGGCAGGAGGUCGCAGAGACACGUUCGCGGUGGGCAGGGGGUGUGGUGUGGCAGGAGGUCGCAGAGACACGUUCGCGGUGGGCAGGGGGUGUGGUGGGGCAGUAGGUCGCAGAGACACGUUCGCGGUGGGCAGGGGGUGUGGUGGGGCAGGAGGUCGCAGAGACACGUUCGCGGUGGGCAGGGGGUGUGGUGGGGCAGGAGGUCACAGAGACACGUUCGCGGUGGGCAGGGGGUGUGGUGGGGCAGGAGGUUGCAGAGACACGUUCGCGGUGGGCAGGGGGUGUGGUAUGGCAGGAGGUCGCAGAGACACUUUCGCGGUGGGCAGGGUGUGUGGUGGGGCAGGAGGUCGCAGAGACACGUUCGCGGUGGGCAGGGGUUGUGGUGGGGCAGGAGGUCGCAGAUACACGUUCGCUGUGGGCAGGGGGUGUGGUGGGGCAGGAGGUCGCAGAGACACGUUCGCGGUGGGCAUGGGGUGUGGUGGGGCAGGAGGUCGCAGAGACACGUUCGCGGUGGGCAGGGGGUGUGGUGGGGCAGGAGGUAGCAGAGACACGUUUGCGGUGGGCAGGGGGUGUGGUGGGGCAGGAGCUCACAGAGACACGUUCGCGGUGGGCAGGGGGUGUGGUGGGGCAGGAGGUCGCAGAGACACGUUCGCGGUGGGCAGGGGGUGUGGUAUGGCAGGAGGUCGCAGAGACACAUUCGCUGUGGGCAGGGGGUGUGGUUGGGCAGGAGGUCGCAGAGACACGUUCGCGGUGGGCAGGGGGUGUGGUGGGGCAGGAGGUCGCAGAGACACGUUCGCUGUGGGCAGGGGGUGUGGUGGGGCAGGAGGUCGCAGAGACACGUUCGCGGUGGGCAGGGGGUGUGGUGGGGCAGGAGGUCGCAGAGGCACGUUCGCAGUGGGCAGGGGAUGUGGAAAGCAGUGGGCGCAGUUUGGGGAUGGCCUUCACAGGGUAAUCACAGGAUGGUAUCAAAAUUCCAGGAGCGAUGAUGUCAUGUCCUUGGCUCAAUUGUCAGAAUACGAUGUCAGAAUUCCUGGAACGCUGAUACAUGUCAGUGAUUUGAGCCACAACCAGCAGUGA